GGUUGGCUCCCUUGCAUAAAUCUCGGCUACGACUUGGCCGGGUGUUCUUAUUCAUUAAUUUAAUUUAAGCUCUUGAUACACCGUCCUCACCAUCUCCACGGUUAACCCUCCCUAAUUAUUUCUGAUUAUAUAGUGCCACCGUUCCGACGCGUCUCCCGGCCCAAAACAACCCACUUUCCUUUUUCUUCUUCUUGAUCUGUCCUUGAUUAUCGUUUCUCGACCCGUUCGGAUCCCCACUUAGUGAUUAAUGACUGGACGGCAUUAUCAAAGGCGUCUCGCACCGAAGGAGGAACUGCCGCCCACACCGGAUGAUCAUAGCCCUGCGGAGCAGAACAAACGCAAACGAGCCUCAUUAGCCUGCCUGGAGUGCCAACGACGACGUAUAAAAUGCGGCCCUGGCCGUCCAUGCGAACCCUGUCUGCUCAAUCGACGGGAAUGUAUCUACGAUGAAUGCAACGACAAACGCCGCAAGAUCUCCGCCGAGGCGACAGAGCGGAACCUGAAGUUUUAUCGCAGCGCCCUGGAGAAUCUGCUGCGCGCCAUCCAGCUCGGCACCGAGUCGGACGUGGCCCACAUGAUCACUGACAUCCGCAAGGGCGCCUCGCUAUCGGAAAUAACUCGCAUCGCUGUCGAUUGUUUGAAUGAUAGACCCGCGACGGUGCCGGAUCCAGGGGAACAACAGGACUCGGUCGCGAACCCUCGAUGA